AUGAGAGCUCUAACUUCAACCCUUUUGAUCUUAUCUCUCCUCACACCUUCUUUGGCAUCUAUCAAUCCUCAAAGACCUUUCGAUGCCAAUACCAGUCCCGAGCCAAGCUCAUCGCUGGAUGAUGGGUCAGUGGACAGAUAUGAUGAUCAACAAGUAUGGAGAAUAGAUUGGAGUGGAAUGAACGAUGUGAAUAAGAGAGAUAUAAUAGAUGCGAUUAAUCUGCUGGAUUUUGAUAUAUGGCAUACAACAAGAUCAACGAUUGAUAUUCGAUUAAAUCCAUCUCAAUUGAAUGUAUUACAUUCUUUUAUACCUUCAUCACAUUUCACUCCAUUCAUCAGCAACCUUCAAGGUCUCGUAGAUCUUUCAUCAGACUCACCCUACCUCGAUCAGGAGGCAGAAGAGGAAGAAGAAGAAGAUGAAGUAUUGAAUUCAAAGUCCAAUAUUACCGAAGAUUUAAGAAAGAAGAAAAACAAAAGUAGAAAAGGUAAAAAACCAAAAUCACCAAAAGAACAUAUUGAUCAAUAUAAUCUAACCACUAUCGAAACUCCAUUUCAUGAUAAUUUCCAUCCUUUGAAAGAAAUGUAUAAAUUUGGUGAUGUACUCAUAUCGACUUUUAACGGAACGAAUGGGAUUGAAGUUGAAGAAAUUGAUAUUGGAACUACUUUUGAAGGUAAAUCAAUCAAAGGAUGGACUGUUAAAUCUCAUGAUCAUAACAAUACAAAAGCAAUAUCAAAAGCUCAUAAUCAGCCCGAAUCUGGAAGAGAAAAGGUUGAAAAUCGUUUAGAUGAUGUCGAAUUAGAAUUUGUCGUUCAGGCUGGACAACAUGGAAGAGAGUGGGUCGGACCUUCAUCCGCCUUGUAUUUCCUCCAUCAUCUGAUACUAAGAGCGACCACCGAGCCGACUUCAGAUGCUGCGAUCCUUUUGAGAUCAAUUAGGUUUACUAUAGUACCUCAAAUCAACCCUGAUGGUUAUGCUUAUAGUAGAGAUAAGAGUAGGAUGUGGCGAAAGAACAGACAAGAAGUAGGUGGUAAAGGAAAAUGUUUAGGCAUUGACUUGAACUCCAACUGGGGAUAUAAAUGGCGAUCAUCCAAAUCUACUGCUUGCUCAGAAGGUUAUGCAGGGAAAGAAGCUUUCGAAGCUUAUGAGACUAAAGCAAUGUCAGAAUAUUUGUCUGGCGCAGGUGAAAGAAGUAACAGAGUUAGGGCGUUUGUUGAUAUACAUUCAUAUGGUCAAUUAUUCAUGUUCCCAUUCGCUCAUUCUUGUGAUGACUUCCCGCCCGACGCAGAAAUGCUAAUGGAAGCUGGACUCGGCGUAGCAAAAGCUAUGAGAACAAAGCAAGGUGAAGGAUAUGAAGCUGGUCAAGCAUGUGAUUUGACUUAUCGAGCACCCGGUGAUGCUAUCGAUUAUACAUAUGGUAUAACCGAUGUAAGAUGGUCAUAUUCCGCCGAAUUGAGAGAUACAGGAACUUACGGUUUCAUGCUUCCUCCAAAAUUGAUCAGACCUACUGCAGACGAACUCACUGCCGGUUUGAUGUAUUUGGCUAAAUUCAUUUACGCUUUGGAGGUUAAUCCACCUUAG